CUUGUCAAUCGGGUUGCAGCGACUGUGACAAGCUUCACGCAUAAUCUUAUCUACCCGAUUUCUGUGCCUGCAUUUUCGGAGAAACUCGCCCAUCUUUUUCUCGCCAUAAAGCUACCGACUGUGAAAAUACUCCCAAGGGCAAACGCUGAUGCGCUUGAAACUCUAGAGUUACGCAAUUGUCCUGCUGACUUUCCAUGGACCAGUUUUACCAACGGCCAAACCUCUGGCAGCAUCAUCUUUCCCCAACUGAAAAAGCUAUGUUGGCUUUUUUGUUGUUAAUUCUCAGCGUGCGAGGAUGAACAAUGGGGAUUCUGAGCUCAAUCAUAAUUUCCAGAUAGCCCUUCCUGCUCUUGAGUAUCUAGGUCUUGAUAAUUGGAACUCUGAUGUUAAGGAAAUCAGCACUGCUCUGUUUCCCGCAUACAUGGCCAAUAUUUACAUUUUGAGAUCAAUUCAAGCGAUCCAGUCGUUUUUCUGGCACAAAUUCAACGGAUUUGGCAACUUCAAAAUUGGAAUAACAAGCUGUUACGGUGUGACAGACAUGGAAACUUUCUAUGAGACGGCCAACAGAUUUUUCAACUGCUUGUGCAUCGAUGGUAAAGCAGCGUUGUAUCUUGAUUUUGAUUGUUAUGAUCUUGACGCAGACAGGAUCAACUGGACCAACAUUACUUUAUUGAUCCUCGGGGAUUAUAUUAAGAUUGAGACGAUUGCUGCGCUUCUUCCUCGUCUACCCUCACUGACUAACCUAAAAGCCCGCAAUUUACUAGACAGUGAGGGCCCAUAUGAUUUUGGCGCUCUUGAUCAGUUUACGCCCUCCAAUCUCCCCAGUGUUUCGACUGCAGCGCCAUUAUCCACCUCGGUGAAAAGUAUCAAGCUUAAAUAUAAUGAAGGUGAUUAUAUUUGUGGACCAUUAGAAUACAGAGUCCUGCAACUCAUUUUGCUCGUCCCUUCUCUGAAAUUUUACUUGUAUCAUACGACAGUAUUGAAAGCUUUAAGCUUUUAAAGAAAAAAUAUGGCGAUAAGUAUCCUCACUUGGGUAACAUACAUUUUUUGAUAUAUCACAGGAUUACUGAGUUUCAUUUAACAGAUUUGUCGUUUAAUUUAAAUAAUUUUAUACAUUGU